CAGCCAUGUGGCUCUACGUGGGCCUGGUGGCCCUGGUGUGGGCGCUGGGCUGGUACCUGCGGGACCGCCAGACCCUGGCCAGUGUCCAGGACAAACACGUCUUCAUCACGGGCUGCGACUCGGGCUUUGGGCACAUGCUGGCCAAGCGGCUGGACAGGAAGGGCUUCCGGGUGCUGGCCGGCUGCCUGACCCAGAAGGGAGCCGACAACCUGCAGCGCACCAGCUCGGCCAGCCUGCGGGCCACCCUGCUCGACGUGACCAGCAGCGAGAGCAUCCAGCGGGCCGCGGCGUGGGUGCAGGCUGAGGUGGGGGAGAAAGGUCUCUUCGGGCUGGUGAACAACGCGGGGGUGGCGAACCCCAUCGGCCCCACUGAGUGGAUGCGGAUCCAGGAUUUCAGGCAGGUUCUGGCCGUCAACACCUUCGGCCUCAUCGAGGUGACCCUGGCACUCCUGCCGCUGCUGAAGCGGGCGCGGGGCCGCGUGGUCAACACCUCCAGCGUGCUGGGGCGGCUCUCGGCCAACGGGGGCGGCUACUGCGUCUCCAAGUACACGGUGGAGGCCUUUUCCGACAGCCUGCGGUGA